CACAAACACAGAGACAGACUCUUAACAGACAGAGACGGAGACAAAAAAUAAGAGACCAAACAGGAAUUGUCUGCGGGAUCAAAUGAAUCGAUACAUGUUCCCUUCAACAAGGGUACAGAGCGAAGGAAGUUUGAAGCAGCAUGCAGGACGAUGCCCUGGGAUACCUGGUGAUUGGAGGAGACCAAUCAAGGGACAUUCAGAGGACAGGUAGCGGGGAGGUUGCUAGCGCGGGAGGUGAAGGAGACCGGGGCGGAGACAGGAGCCUGGAGCUGAAGGAUUUUACCUGUGCAACAGACGGCGCUUUUACCAGAGAAGGUGUCGUGGAGAAAGAUGGUGACAUCGGCAAGCAAAGGAAGGAUAUCACCGGAAAAACGAAUGACAUCAGAAAUCAUGCUGAUGACACCGGGGAUUACUUCAGUGGGGAUUUCGAGAGCCAAUCAGUGCUCAGCGAGAAUCGGGACUACAUAGAGGUGGGCAAGGCUAAGGUGGACCUUAUUCCCAAACCUUUCAAGGCCCAGGUAUUUUUGAGAGAAUCGCUGAAGGUCAUAACUACUAUGAACACAGGUAACCAUGGCACUGAAAUAAAACGAGACUCUGUGAAUGAUAGAACCAAAUUCCACACUAACUCUUAUUAUGAUAACAUUAAACCCAACACAGACACUUUAGAGACUAGCACCAAAGUCAACCAUGAACAUUCUUCAGACAUGAAGAGCAAGGAAUUUCCCACUAACAGCACAAUCCCUCACAAGGACACUUUUAUUAAAUGCGCUGCCAGCCCUGACAAUGAUGACUUUAACAAAGACUUUAUGUUAAAAACAAAUACUUACAUUAACAACUCAGAUCUCACCAAGGACUUCGCAACAACCUCCUGCAGCCUCAACCACGACAGCAAGACAACCACCUGUGUUCUGUCCCGUGACACUACCACUUCUAUAUUUGAAAAUGUCAUCCCUAUUAACCAGUCAGACCCUGGGGUCGACACCGAUUUGGAUGACAGCCCGGACCUCGUGGAGGGGGGCCGAGGCGCUUUCAAACGGCCUUCACAAAACAGAUUGGUAGAAGGAAUGUGCUGCUGCUACAGAGCCGUACACAAGGCUUUCCUAAGGUGCCUGGAGGAGACGCCGGCCGUGUUGCCUGGUCUGCUGUUGGCCAUGGGCUUCUGCAUAGCCAUUGUCAUCCUCAUACCAGCUACAGGGCGGAACAUCAUCACCCACGUGGGCGCUCUCUCCGUGGUGUGCGUGGUGCUGUGCGUGAGCACCGCCCUGCUGGUGGCCCUGCCCUGGCUGCCCGUGAUGAGGCGCUGCGGGGGGGCGCUGUCCCUCUUCGUCUGGGGGAUGUUAUACAUCACGGCCGUGGUCUUCAUCUUCACGGGGGGGGCCAUCACCCCGUGGGAACAGGUGGCGUUCUUCCUCUUCCUGUCUCUUGGGGUGUACACUGUGCUGCCCCUGUCUUUAGCCUGGGCUCUGAUUGUGGGCAUCGGGACCAGCGCGUCACACGUAAUAAUAAUCAGCGUCUACGUCCCUGUCACCAGCCCUGACACACCAUACCUGGCUGUCCAGCUGGUGGCCAACGCUGUGUUGUUUGUGUGUGUGAACUGUGUGGGCCUGUUUCACCUGUGGUCGACUGAACAUGCCCGAAGGAAAUCCAGUAAGAAGAAAGAGGAGUUCAGCACAGUUCGCUCCCAGAAAGACGUACAGAAACAUCAACAGGAGAACCUCCUCCUCUCCUUGUUGCCACGCUACAUUGCCAAAGAGCUGAAGAAUGAGAUCAUUAAGCGACUGUCUGAGAAACAAGAGAAAGGACAGAAUUUCCACAGUCUUUAUAUCCGGCAGCACAAAGAUGUCAGUAUUUUAUAUGCUGAUAUCGUGGGGUUUACACAGCUGGCUAGUUCCUGUUCUCCUGAGGAGCUUGUGGCAGUCCUCAACAAGCUCUUUGGCAGGUUCGAUGACAUUGCUAAGAAGAACGAGUGUUUGCGUAUAAAGAUCCUAGGGGACUGUUACUACUGUGUUUCCGGUCUGCCAGACCCCAUCCCAACCCACGCCAACAACUGUGUUCAGAUGGGUCUCGACAUGUGCACCGCUAUCAACAAACUACGGGAGGCCACAGGUGUGGAGAUUAGCAUGAGGGUGGGUGUGCACUCCGGCAAUGUUCUCUGUGGCGUGAUAGGUCUACAGAAGUGGCAAUAUGACGUCUGGUCACAUGACGUGACCUUGGCCAAUCAUAUGGAGUCUGGGGGUUUGCCAGGCCGUGUUCACAUCACAGAGGAGACCCUGGGAAACUUAGAUGGAGCGUACCAAGUGGAAGACACUGAUGGAGGGAGCAGGGACUCCAUGCUAAUUGGGAGGAAAACAUAUCUGGUUAUCGACCCCCAUAAGGAACACACAACUACCAAAAAGAAGACAAACAACCUGCCGGUCCAAUUUCGUAAGCAGCGAGCCUCAGUGAGGAUGUCCCAGUACCUGCAGUCCUGGCAGACCAUUUGCCCCUUCUCUGACCUCAGAAACCUUGAGACCACCCCCAACAAUAUGCCGAUCUUCCCGAUACCUGCCAGAACUAACCAAUCGCAGCCAUUUGCAGAUGCUCUGCCUACACACGUCAAUAUCCACAGUGGUGGUCAGGUCCUGGAGGACACCCUUAGUGGGUCCUUAGAUACCAUCAGCUCUGUGGGGCGCAGGGCAAAGAAGCUGAACUGUCUGACACUGUUAUUCAAUGACCUGAACCUGGAGAAACAGUUUCAUCUCUCAGAGGUCAAAGGUCUUCACCGAUCUGUAGGCUGCCUGGUUCUCAUCUUCGUGUGUCUGUUUACAGUCCAAAUGCUUGUCUCCAAUAGAAACUUUGCCAUGGCUGUGUCGUACGGAAUCACCUUUCCUGUUCUGGUGCUGCUUCUCACUGUGUUCUGCACCAGUUUCCUCAAGAAAUUGCGCACCAAAAUGCCUCUUAGUGUACAGUGGGUGUCAUCGCUGCCGCAGAAAGUGGCCACCAGGGCGGCGCUACGUCUAAUAUUGGUCUGCCUCUUACUGCUCAUCACCCUGCUAAUGGCCAUACUGAACUUUUUUUUUUUACCUGGAAACAACUGUACUUCCAUAAACAGAACAGAACUACAGAACCUCAACCUGUACACCGUCCCUUAUUACCUGUACUGCUGUCUCCUGGCUAUGUUAGGUGUGGUGGUAUUUGUGACGACGUGUCUGUCAGCCAAGGUGGUGCUCCUCACCCUGGCUGUAGUCGUCUACCUCGCCCUCUUCCUCUACGUCUACGCUCCUCGCUCCGACUGCUACAUGGCGCUGCUCUACAAUGACACCAAGCCUGGAGUCCUAAAGGAGCCUAAGAUCAUGGCUGGAGUUUGGCUGUUUAUCUUCUAUUUUACUUGCCUCGUUAUGGCACGACAGGACGAGUUAGGCUGUCGUGUGGAGUUCCUGCUAGAGCAGUGCUUUAAAAAAGAAAGGGAUGAGAUGGAGACCAUGGAGAACGUCAACAAACUACUGCUGCAGAACGUCCUGCCUCUUCAUGUAGCAUCAGAAUUCAUGGGCAAGUCCAUGCACAAUCAGGACCUCUACAGCCAGUCGUGUGAAUUGGUGUGUGUUAUGUUCGCCUCAGUGCCUCAGUUUAAGGAGUUCUACAACGAGAGCAGCAUGAACCAUGACGGACUGGAAUGUCUGCGUUUUCUCAAUGAGAUCAUCUCAGACUUCGACGAGCUUCUCUCUAAGCCAAAGUUCUCUUCUGUGGAGAAGAUUAAGACCAUUGGCAGUACCUACAUGGCCGCUGCUGGGCUGACCAAUCCUGCUCUGGGGGAGGAGCGAAAGGAAGGUGAUGCAUCCUACCACCAUAUACGCAGCAUGGUGGAGUUUGCCAUCGCUUUAAAGAACAACCUGGAGGCCAUCAACCAACACUCCUUCAAUAGCUUCAAGCUGCGCAUUGGGAUAAACCAUGGUCCCGUGAUUGCAGGGGUGAUUGGAGCCCAGAAGCCACAGUAUGAUAUCUGGGGGAACUCUGUUAACGUAGCCAGUAGAAUGGACAGCACCGGAGUAUUGGAUAAGAUCCAGGUGACCGAGGAGACGGCUCUAGUGGUGGAGACAUUAGGCUUUAGUGUCACCAAGAGAGGAGUCAUCACCGUCAAGGGCAAGGGGGAACUGACCACCUACUUCAUCAACACCGACUGACCAAUCAGCUGCUCAGUUCUGACUCCCCCAACCAACCAUCAAUGCUCAUCUAGGCACGUCGAAGACUUAUCACACCCAGUAAUGACACAGAUAGGACAAGGACCUAGAUUGUUCACCAGAUGAAAGAAUCUGAAGGGUUUCCAGUCUCUGCAAAAUUUGGUGAUAAGAGGAAACACAGUGACUGGGCGUGGAAAAACACACAGCAAGAUAUGACUGGGCAGAUGAUCUGCCAGUUUUCUCAUCAUUGAACAUUGCAAUCUCAAUAGUUUUCUGUUUCCAAAGUUAUAAUCUUCAAAUCUUUGCUAAUGCAUGUAACUGGAGCACUGCAUUAGGAGAAAGGAGUUGUUGUCUUUUGGAACAAGAUGUUAAGUCACAUACCGAAUGUACAAAAAAACCCUGAUAUAUUUGGUUGACAAGCAAUGUUUUUAAUUACUUUCUAUCUAUGAAGUUCUGUAUCUAUCUAUAUGUGUGGGAUUUUUGAUAAAAGCAAUAUUUGUUGCUUGGCAGGGUUCUGGGUUAAAUAUACUGGGACAACCAGUAUGAAAAGAUAUCUAUCCAUAUAAAUGUAUGCAUUUACCUCCUCUGGGUAAGAGUGCGACCAGAAUGUAAAUAAGCUUGGAAUAGUAACCGCUUCUCACUUAUAACAGUGAGACAUAGGAGGUCUAAGGCAAGCAAUGAAACUGAAUGGGCCUUAUUAAGGAAUUGUGUAGUUAAGACAAUACUGAGUCAUUUUCAUAGUCCACUAAAAGGGAUUUUAAAAACAAUUGGUGCUGCAUGUAAUAAACUAUAAAUGGGCUAUUAUUCCAAGGAUGACAAAGCUAGUUGACACAAUGCCAAAGGCACGGAUGUGCUCACACAUUUGAAUAAGUGAAAUAGCUUCCAAAUGAAUGGGUUAUUUUUGUGUUUUUUUGAAUUUAUGUAUUACUAUAUUGUUUUGUAUAUGUUAUGAAGUUCACAUGAAAAUUAAGCUCACAUUAGCAUGGUUGUGCUUUUUUAAUUACCAAAUUGUCCUAAAACUGUAAGAGUGAUAUGUUUUGAAGCACUGGACAUUUGAAUGUAUAAAUCUAUUAUCUGAACAUUUGAAUGUAGAAAUAUGUUAUAUAUUUUUUUAUUCAGCCACAUGACAGGAAAGUAAAGCAAAUACAUUUUAUUUCAUUAUUAAAAGCUUUUUUU